AUGCAUUCGAAGCGUCGUCGUACCUUCGACUGUUCCCUAAUGGGAUCCUUUCUGAUACGGUUUACGUAUGACGGAUCGAGUUUCUUCGGGUUAGCUAAGCAGAAUGAAGAAAGUUCGGCUUCGUACUUCAAGAAUGCUCCUCCAGGUGUGGAGCGAGUGUUGUCGACGGUGGAGGGUGAAUUGGAGAAUGUGUUGCGUAAGGCGAACAUGAUAAAAUCAUUGGCAGAGUCGUUGUGUUCACGUUGUGGACGUACAGACCGAGGUGUGCACGCGCGUGCGAAUUAUAUCAGUAUCCGAUUGCGACUCAAUCCGGAAGGGGAGGAGUACAACUACGCACUGAUAAUGAAUGGUAUGUUACCCGAUAGCAUUCGUGUCGUAUGGGUGAGGCGAUGUCCAGUCUGGUUUGAUGCCCGUUUCCAUUGUUUAUAUCGCAUGUAUAAGUAUUAUUUCGCGGAUACCGGACUCGAUCUGGUGAAGAUGGACACCGCUGCACAGUGCUUCGUAGGCGACCAUGAUUUCAAGAACUUCUGUAAACAGGACCCAGAUAACCAGAAAACCACAAGACGUCGAAUCUUCCAUUGCCGAGUCAAAAAAGUCAAUCCAAAAGUGGGUGUCGUACUCGUCACUGGACCAGCAUUCCUAUGGCACCAGGUCCGGUGCAUAGUUGGCUGUCUUAUGGACAUCGGCAACGGUGUACAUCCCGUCUCUGUCGUUAACGAUUGGCUCUAUAUUAAACAGACCAAACCCCCUUAUACCAUGGCUCCACCCGACGGAUUAGUACUUUGGGAUUGCGCUUUCGAAGACAUAAAUCCCAACAUCAGCCAAAUGCCUACCGCGCAAGGUUCAGCCACGCAAGUUCCUGCAAAAGCACACGCGUGCGAUGAGAAUGUUUCGAUGGAGCCUCUUUGCGGCGGCGACCCACUCUCCGGGAACAGCAACGUGUCUACUGCUUUGCCCCAGCCGAUUCCAUUGACCCCGGUUGGAAGUAGAUGCCCUGGGAUCCCGACGUUCGAGUGGCAACUUUUUCAGUUAGAGAUUCGCAAGUGUGUAUUGAAAUCGCUCGCUAGCGCGGACAAUGACUCCUUAUCAUUCUUCAAGGAAGAUGCGCCGGACUUUUUUUGA